UCCUGCCACUGGUGGAGGUGCCAUGACCAGUGUCCAACCUGCCACCUCCUUCAGCACAUCACAGAGAGACCCAUCGGGCAGGGAGCAUUCUGACAGGGGUCCAACCGCCUCUCCCCACCGCCUGUCUUCUCCAGGCACAGUGUGUGAGUCCUGCUGCCCCCGCUCAGCCCUGCCCCUGCCCCGUGGGGACAGCCUGCAGCGCAUCGCAGCCCAGCGACACGGAACAUGGUGGCAGGAGAAGAUCAUGGCAGCAGGUAAGGCUGGGGCAUUGGAGCCAAGCAACCCUGCUACUGAGGCAGCAGAAGGCUCCUCGGACAGCUCCUUGGUGCUACUGGCUGGUGGAGAGGGCUUUCCACCAGAGAUUUCACUCUUCUUCUCUGUUGAGAGCCGCUCUUCCCAAUGCCUCAAUUCCCAGCUCCAGGAAGCAGCCAGAAAGAAACUGUGGGCCCUGGAGUGUGACGACAGAGGUGUCUGUGCCCUGUUCAAGGAGCUGUCAGCCAGGCUGGUCUGUAUGCAAGCACAGGAGGAUCGAUUCCUCCUCACUUUCAAAACCCUCGAAGAAGUAUGGAAAUUUUCCACAUAUCUGACUUUAGGGUACGUGGGCAGCUGCCUGGAACAGCUUCUCUUUGACCAGGAGUACUGGCUAAACUGUGCUCUGAUGGAGGACACAGAGAUCAGAGUCAGCGUGGACGAAGAUCACUUAGCCACCAUAUAUGUGGGUCUGCUACUCCAGGAAGGUAACUUUUUUUCCAGAGCAGUGCCUGGUGUCUGUCAGCCAGAGCAGGAGGGCCUGCAGCUCUUCAGGAAUGAGCUGAUCCAUGUGAAGAGCGUUGGAGAGGAGUCCAAGUGGGAAGGGACGUCCUUACUCACAGGUCAACGAGCCCUGGUGCCUGUGGCAGCUCUAGAGCCAAUACCUCACCCAUUUCACCAGUGGUUCCUGAAGAACUACACCGUGAGUUUUGGCAUCUCCCAGGAGAUCAGUGGGACCACCUCUCAGCCAAUUGUCAAAGGCAGGUGCACGGCCACAGAGGACCACAGAGGAGCAGCAUGGGAUGAGCUGAGUUUCUCCAAAGGAGACAGCAUAGAAGUCAUCGGCUUCUUCAUUCCAGGACUCCCAUGGUUUGUGGGCAAAUCCCUCAGCAGUGGCAGUGUUGGCUUUGUCCCCACCCGAUCCAUAAAUCCCGAGGCUUGCCAACCUCUGGAAAAGGGCUUGAUGUUUCUGAGUGAAGAAGAGAAAGCCCCCCUGCUGCACAUCCCAUGCAAUGGUGGUGAGCAGCACUUCACCACCCUCCUCGGUGACCUGGCACGCACCGACAUCACGUCCGUGUACCGCCUGGAUGGUUUUGAACCUACAGCUGUGUUCCCAAAAGUGCCACCAGAGGCUAUUCUCCAUGGUUGUAAAGAUAUCCAGUUGCUCCAGUCUUGGGAGGAAUUAAAUGACUUGGCUACAACUACCACCUCUGAGCUGUCUAGCCCAGGGAGCGAAUCAACCCCUGCUACAUUGGAAGAUGUUCUCCUGGAGAAGCUGGAUGAUUUUGAUGAUCCCAAGUUCUUUAUUGACUUAAAUGCUGGAGACAUGGAAGAUGCCGAUGUCUUUGACCCUAUAUUGACCUUCCUUAACCAAGAUGGUUAUGUGCCCAGUUUUCAAAGCCUCUAUGAUCUCAGUUUUUCCUUUCUCAACUCCACUUUUUAUGGUUUCUCUGACGAGGAUGAGCUGGUCUUGUACCUUGAGACAUCCAGGAACUGGGCUAAGAGGACUCAUUCAGUGUGGGCUCAUGUCAGGCUCUGUUUCCUCUUGGGUAAGCUCUGCAUCAAAAAAGUGAAGUUCUCCCAGGCUCGAGUCUACUUUGAGGAAGCCAUGAGCGUCCUGGACAGAGGGUUUGGGGACCUGCCCCUGUUGGCUGCAUUGCACGUGAACCUUGCCUCCAUCUACUUGAAGCAGAACAUGAAGCACAAGUUCUCCUCCCUGCUGGGAAAGAUGGUGACCUUGCUUGUCUGUUUGCCUGGCCGCUCCUUCAGCUCUGAGAACGAGCUGGAGGUCAUGCUGUAUGUCCUGAGGGAAGCCAUUGCUGUGGGUAACGCUCCCUUGGAGGGACGGGUCUGCUUCCUUCUUGUCAAGCUCUUCCUACAACUAGGCAAAACUGAUGAAGUGCUGCCCUUUACUGAACACCUCCAAUGUCUCACCACCACUUCACUCAGCCCAGACACUGGCUGUGCACCACUGGAUGUCACUCCCAUCCUGAGCUUCCUUUAUGACAAGAAGUACUUGCCAAACAUCGCACUGGCUUCUGCCAGGCUGUUUCUUCCCAGUGGUGUCAAGGGGGCACCCACACCCAUUUGGCGAGCUGGCUUCAUCCUCCAAAAUGCUUCCAAACUCCUGGGAAGCCAACUGGAGAGGAGCAGCAUCCCAGCACUGGCUUGCUUCUAUCUCAAGCAAGCGCUGCACUUCUCCCGUGAGAGCAGAGCUGUGCCCAUCCAGAGGACGCUGUGCGCCAUCCUGUCCAGGAUGUACCUCCAGCAUGGUGUGUUGGAUGGAGCAGUUUGCUAUGCAGCCAUGGCUGUAACCCUCAGCAGGCUGAUGGGAGAGGAGGAGGCUUUUGAGUCUUCCCUCUCCCUGGGGUGGAUGUACCUGCUGCACGGGCAGCCGGGCCCAGCUGCAGGCAUCAUGCGCCAGCUCUUGCUCUCUCUGCACGGGACGGACAGUGUCACUCAGGGGGGAGCUGUGCACAAUCUGCUGGCCAUUGCCCUCAAAGGAGAAGGGCAGGUGCAAAAGGCUGCAGAGAACUACCUCUGGGCCCUGCAGAAAGCCAAGGAGACCGGGAACAAGAGGAACCAGGCUAUUGCCCUGGCUAACCUGGGGCAGCUGAACCUGUGGCGCCAGGCGAACCAGCUCUCUGAGCUCUACCUGCUCCAGGCAGCUCAGCUCUAUGCUGAGCUCCAGGGCAGCGAAGACCUGGAGAUGGAGCUGGUGCAGGUGCUGCUGUGGCUAGCCCAGGCCAUGGUGAACGGGCAGAGGAUGGAAGAUGGCAAACUGUGUUAUGAACUGGCGUUGGUUUUUGCCCUGAAGUGGCAUAACGUGAGGAGUCAGCUUCACAUCACUGAGUCUCUCUGCCAUUUCUACAGCAAAGUGUCUCCCAAUCUCCAGGCCUGCAUUACCUACCAUGAGCACUGGGUAUCUUUGGCACAACAGCUGCAGGACAGAGAGCUGGAAGGCAAUGUCUGGCAGACCCUCAGCCAGCUCUACCAGAAUUUGGGCACAUCUGAGGCUUUGAGACAGUCCCUGGACUGCACCAAACAGAGUCUAAGGAUCUUCAUUGACCUUGAGGAGACUGUGAAAGCAGCAGAAGCCUGGCUGCAGGCAGGAAGGCUCUACUAUCUUAUGCAGGAGGAUGAGCUGGUGGAAAUGUACUUUCAGGCAGCCAUUCAGACUGCCCUAAAACGAGAGAACUUCUCCUUGGCCAUGGAUCUGUAUGAAAAAGCAGGUGAUACCUUUUUUAAUGGGAGCAGAAGCAGAGAUCGAGCAGUGGAGUUUUACAGGGGAGGUGCUGUGCCCUUGGCCAGGAAACUAAAGGCCAGUAAGACAGAGCUAAGGCUGUUCAAUAAGCUGGCAGAGCUGCAGAUCGGGCUGCAGGGCUACGAGAAGGCGCUGGAGUUUGCCACGCUGGCUGCCAGGCUGAGCAUCAGGGUCGGAGACCAACUGCAAGAGCUGGUUGCAUUCCAUCGCCUGGCUACAGUCUACUAUUUCCUGCACAUGUAUGAGAUGGCUGAAGAUUGCUACCUGAAGACCCUUGCCUUGCGUCCCUCCCUGCUGCAGUGCUCAGGAGAGGCCCUGUACUACUGCAAAGUGUAUUGCCACCUUGGCAACUUGACCCUGAACAAACUGAAGGAUGAACAGGAUGCAGCAACCUACUUCCUCCUGGCCCUCGCUGCAGCCACCGAGCUGGGAGACCAGGAGCUGCAGGGCCUCAUCCGUGCCAAGCUGGCCAACAUCCCCCCUGCCCCGCGGGCACCCGAGGCCACGCCAGGCUGUGCCACGUCCCGGCCCAGGUGGCUGAGUGAGGGUGGCCACGUCGUCUGACCGACCCCCCACCCUGGGGACUGCAGUCUGAGCUGUGCAACAGCGUCCUGCCACGCUACUGGCACGGGGCCACGGCUCUCCAGAACACCUGGCCCAGGAGAGGUCCUGCGCCCCAUCCUAAGGAGCUGGCAGCCUUUGGUGUCCUGUCCUUGAGAGGCAAAGCACCGAGCACUUGGGACCCUGCUCUCCUUUUCCAGGAGCAGGACUGUGCACCCACUGAGGCUGGAUGUCUGGGCAGGACAGGAUGGGGCCCAGCAGCGGUGCUGGAGCACGCAGUGCAGAUGGCAUUUAAGAGUGCAGCUGCCCUGCCUGGGACAGGGACAGGAGAGUCCUGCCAUGUGCCUACCUGUCCCCUCAGCUGCCUCACACACCUCAGGUCCCAUGGGGCAGCUCAGCCCAACCCAAAAGUAUUUUAACUUGAAUAGCAGCUCCUUUAUUUAUUCCUAUCUGCUUUCUAUCCUAUCUGCUCUGCAGAGAUCUCUGAAGAGCAGACACUGGGGCAUCUCUCAUACCAAGCACCACCAAAGCUUUGGACAGUGAGAGGCAGAAUUAGGGAAAGGAGGAGAAAAGAAAGGGGCUGGUCAGACUUCACCUGGGGACAAGCUCCAUAUGCAGGUGAAUGUCCUGCUCGGGGCAGGCAGAGCUCACCCUCACCCCAGCCCUGCCCUUCAGCCUCAGCUCUGACACCUGAGCAGUGGGGUGGCCCUUGUGCACUUGCAGCAUCUAAAGCAUGAGCAUGUUAUGUGUCCUGCAUGGGAGAAGAGCCAUCAGUGCCGACCCAGCCCAGGCUUUGCAGCCCAGCACCCUCCCCAGCCUCUCCCCCAGGCUGCAAAGAGCCAUGGGAUGCAGGAACACCAAGGAGCAGGCAGUGGGGCUGGGCACACUGGGCUGUGCUGGGCACUCUGCACUGGGCACACAUCCAGCCCCCAGGGCAGAGCUGCUGAUGGGGCACAGGGGAACUUAGUGCAACAAGAGGCAGCUGCAGUGCCUUUCCAUGGGUGAUUGGCAGCCCAAGGAGCAGCAAGCUGCCUCCAAGUGUCCUGAGCUACAUGGAGAAGUAAAAACUCUGUAAAAGUGAGUAGGGGGAGUGGGAGGCACUUUGGAGGCUUCCCCUGAGAGCUGCUCAUCACCGGGAGCAGCACACAGCUCUCCCUCACAGCCUGUCUCACCACCAGAGAGCAAUAAGUACCCACGUUUGCAGCCUCACACAGGCGAGUGCUGCUUCCCCGCUAAUGCCGGCCUCGGGUUUCAGCCUGGGCUGGUGCACAGUGAAGAAUGAGCAGUUUUUUCCCAGCUCAUCUCUUUGCUCUGACAAGCAGCAGCUGGACACCCAGCUGGGGCUUCACAGAGAGACCCUAUUCCAAGUUCUUCCACCUCCCUGACAUGCUCCACUGCCUGGAAAUACUAAAUGCAGAACAUUUCCUUGCUGCUCUUUGCAGAGACUGAGUUAAUCUUCUCCUUUUGAGGCAUCCAUCAUGAGGGCAAUGAACAGUUUACUGCUGUUUACUGAGCAUUCCUGCAGUGCCAUUAAGGGAGCCUCAGCCCUCAGUUCAGAGGAGGUAAAUCUUGGUCCCAUUUGAAACACAGCAAGCUCAGGGGAGAACCCAAAACCUUCCUGCCUCCCUCCUUGGGGCUGCCUGUCCUCAGUUCAGGUGGCUGGUGCUCACUGUGCAGGUUUUCAGGCCACUUCCCCUUCUUGCAUGUAUGGGGAAAUGCAGAGUCUCAUGUCUUUGUACCAGAAGGCAGGUCAAGAGCUACAUCAAGCUACUGAGGUGAGGGGAGGGAGGGAAGCUUGGAUGGCUCUGGAGCACCUGAGGGUCUGUGAGGUGCAGAAGUGCCCUGCCCUGUCAUCAGGAUCUCCACUCAUCUCUCCUGCCAGCCCCAGCAGCUCACUCAGGGGUGCUGCCCAGCCCUACAGUAGCUCACCCGCUGCACCCAGACUGUCUGCUCCUCAGCAGUGCCUUCAGGGCCCUCAGAUGAGGCCCAAGACCACAAUGUGGCUGCUGGUACCAGUGGUUGUAGCUGCUGGUGCUGUGCUGCUGGCCAGACUCUGCACUUGGUGGCCUCUCUGUGGCAGAGCCCCCAGACCCACAUCAGUGGUGAGUGGCUGUGGUGGUUCUUGUCAAAGUUAAGCCCAGUGCAGGGUGAAUCAUGCAGAGAGCAUCCUCUCUAAAAUAUCCCUUCCAGAGCCAAACCCAAGGCUGUUCUGUCUAGCACCAGUGAGAAAAACAAAGGCUUUGUUUAAACAUAGAGGGUCAGUGUCUCAUCUGGUCUAAAUCAGUUAAGCUCCAUGAAGUCAAACAGAGAUGAUUUGCAGGGGUUGUGGAUCUGGUCCACGGUUAAGCAAAUGUGUCAUCUUUAAACAAAUUUGUAGUGCCUGGUGAGGGUAAAAAAAAGGUGACUUGCUCCUUUGUAACAUCCCUUAAAAUAUCAUUUCCCCUCUCCCUCCCUCAUGUGCCUGCUGUGACAGAGCUGGGCUGUUUUACUACUGGGAUAAGAAGUCAGUGGCCAGGGCUAAUUAAGUUCCAUAACACUAGUUGACAAUGAAGUGUAAGGUGGUCACUUGUGCACACCAGCUCCUGGGGUUGUGCCCAAGGGAGGGUGAGGGUGCCUUUUCCUUCCAGCCAAUGCAGCUUCAUGGGCAGAGAAAUCAAUCCUUUGGGGGACCUUGUGCCAGAGGAGGUCACCAGGUGAUGUCCCAGGUCCUGGGGCAGCCAGGCUGGGGGUUAUUGUCCUCUGCCCCUUCCUGGGCAGGGACUGAUGCAGUCCAUCCUUCCCAGGCAUAGUGACUGGGAACUGUCUGUCCUUAGCACAUCAAGGACCACUUGUGUGUGUGCACAUGGAGGGAGCACCACAGAGCCCAGCUGCUGCAGGGUGCAGGGCCUGGCCUGAGCUGGGAUGUUGCUCCAAGAGAAGGCUGCAAGAGCAGGAAUGUAGAGGACCAGGAGGUCCUACAUCCUCUAUCCUACAGUAGGUAUUGGCCACCAGUGUCCAGUCCUCCUUCACCAGCACUGAUGCCAGCCCAAACAGAGGGAGGAAGAAAUAGGGGAAAGGGAAAGGAUAGAUCAGAUCUCCUCUUACACCAGGUGUUGUUAUCUUGCUGUGGCUUGUGACUUAUUUCUGAGCCACAUGUGACCAUCUGCUCUAUGCCCAGUCCCAGGAGUUCUCCUCCCUUCCUUCGGUCCUCAGCCAGCCGAGCUGGAAAUAGGGCUGCUGGGGACCACGUGCAGCAGCACAUGCCUUCACACGGCUGCUAAAAGCAGCACCUUCCUCCCCAGCACUUCCAAAGGGUGAAGGGUGCUGGUGGAACCUCCUGGCCCCGGCUCCAAUGCCUCCUCAUGCCAGUGUCUGGACCUGGUGCCAACCUGUUUCGCUCCGUUCUUCUACCAGUGUGACCCUCUGGGCACCAGUGGCGCCAGUCCUAUCUAAGAGCCAACACUGGCACUCUGACCCCCUUUAAUGCCUCAGGGGGCUGUUUAAGGCCUGGAAUAAAGACAGACUGGAUUGCUUUAACAAAUGCUCGUUCUUGGACAGUGGAAAUACUGCAACAAGAGUAAUUUUUGGAACACCUCAGCUCCGGUGUGAGCCUCCCGAGGAGAGAGGGGAAAGGAAGUGCUGCUGGCUGUAAACACAGAGAUGGACAGAAGUGUAGAGAGAGCUAGAUUUAUUCUAGUUUACAUGGAAAUUAUUUCUUUUCCUGUAGAAAUACAACACCCAACAGUAAUAAUAACUAUCAGCAGAUACCUCUCAUCAUUCCUUCACUGCACAGUGCUGCAAAUCUUCACUGGGCUCAUGCGAGAUGGAGAGACCAUCCUGUUCCUGUCUGUACCAUCCAGCUCUGAGCCAGCCCUCAGGCACUCCAUGCCUUGGAUCCCAGGGGUUAAGUGAGGGAUAGAAACCCUCUCUGAGCACUGGCAGUUGGGCAGAGAAGGUGCAUGCUGCUUGGGAGGGAAGUCUCAAUAAGGAAAAACUUCUUUACUGGUCAGGUAAGGGAGCCCUGGCACAGGCUGCCCAGGGAGGGUGUGGAGGCUCCUUCCUUGGAAGUCUUCAACCCCUGCCUGGAUGUGUUUCUGUGUGACCUGAUCUAGGUGGACCUGCUUCUUCAGGGGGGUUGGACUAGAUGAUCAUAGAAUCAUAUCUCUAAAGGUCCCUUCCAACACUACCAUUCUGUGAUUCUAUGACAGUGCAGAUCCAGGCUGUGGGUGGGAGCCACCUCUCCCAUCCCAAAGACUCUCACCUGGCCUUUCUCUUAUCCAGAGGAACCACCCACAGCUGCUGCUGCUGCAUCACCCUGCUAAAGGCACAGGGUGGCUGUGCAGAGCUGUUCUGCAUCCCAGCACCCAGGUUCUGUAGCUGGUAUUCACAUGGAUGCUAUAUCAUUUCUCCAUCUCUAUCAGCCUUGGACUCUGACAGAGGCUGGCCUCCAGCACAACCUGCCUCUGCUGGAGGCUCGUCAGUGAUGUGGAGGAGCAGAGUCUGAGGCAGAGGUACACCUGAGCUCAUCUUAUCUCAGAAGCGGCUGGUCCUCUGCAGCCAGCAUCUCCUUGUGUUGCUUGGAACAGAACAAGGAGCUGGUAAACACCAGCUGUUCUGCUAAGCAGAGAUGAGUGUAGUAUGUAAACUGGGCAAUUUAGAUUAAAAAUCAUUCCUUUUCGCAGUAACUUGGGGUUUUGUUCAGUGAUAAUUGGGAUCAUAAAUAUGUAUGCCAGAAGGCAUGUCAGAGGGUGAUGCUGAGAGGCUGAGCAACAGCCAAGAGUCCCCAACUGUGACUGUGUGUGUGCAAAUAAACCUUCCCUGCCCUGCCCCCUGGUAAGGUAGGCAGCAGGACAAUGCAGCCUGUGUGUGCUGAGGUGAGGGCUGUGGCAAGAGGAGCUUGCCAUGUCCCUGGGGGAGCAAAACCAAAAAGGGAGGAAGGAUAGGGCAGCUGGGAAGAGGCUGAUGACUGUGGUCAGGGAAUGCCGAGUCUGGAUGGAAAAAACCCAACAAAUCCCAGCUGAAAUGAAACACUUCUUGUGCUUGAGAUGGUACCAGGCAUGGGUUAACCCUGGAGCUGUCACCUCUGCUGUCACUGGCCACAGGGCACCCAGAUAUCCCCAGGACUUACCAGUGCUGAUCUCCAGAGUCACUUUCUGCUCUUGUGGGCACUCUGUGCUAGGCAGGGCCGAUGGGACACCCACACUGGAUGCUGGGCUUUGCCAGGGAAAACAUAUCACUGGGACUGGAGAGAGCAGAGAGAGAGAACUGGUAAACAUGGUGCAGAAAACAUUAUCCCUUCCAAGCAUACAGCUGGUAGAAACCAUGUGUGCUGGUGACAGGGACACAUGGCCAAGCAACUGGCUCUCCUGGGCACCAGUCACUGGGCAAAGAGCUCUGUGUUCCUGCGUUGUCCCAGUGCUGCAGACACACAUGAUGCUGCCAGGGUGCACCGAGGGUCCCAGCUAAGCUGCUCAAGCUUCCCAGCUCCUGCAUGCUUCCCAACAGCCACGCUCCUCUGAGGGGAAACACAGGCAGGAAACCUGGCAGCAAGAGGCUCCCCUCACUGCAGCACUGGAGACAAGUGUAGGAAACAGCACAAGUGCCAACAAUUCCUGUCACACUGCAGGAGAAGGGAAAGAAAAACCCUGAAAAAAGACUCAGUGUUUGGCUGCCACAAAGGCUGUUGGGAAACAGGCCAGGAGCUGGGAUGAAUGCAAAGAAAUGAGACUCUGAGCAGCAGACAGUUUUUGAGAGAGGAAGAAUAAAUUCUUACAUAACCAAAUUCCCUUUGUGCACUGCUUAGGGGGUGGGGGGUUAUUUUGCUGUUUUGUUUUGGGGUUUUUUUUCUUUCCUUUGCAGCUGCUCUGACAGUGGCUUUGGGGCCACACAAGAAUGCACAAAUGUCCCUGGGAGUGCAGGGAGCAACAGCUACAGCAUUUAUAUCCUAAGAUUGCACUCUAUCUGGGAAACUUUCCACUCCUUGCAGGUGGUUUUUUAAUUGCAGCAUGACUUUUUCUUACCAAUGUCCAAGACUUAAGCCACUCUUGAUCCCUGAGUAUUAGUACAAUAUAAAUGACAUUAAAAACCCCCUUGUUCCAGUGCUUUGGGAAGGGUUGGCAGAAGUUCCUAAAUGACUCUGGUGUGUUGGGCUUGUGUUCUUCUGAAGUGUCUGCCAGACUUCCCUGGCCCAUCAGCUGGGCUUUCCCAGCUGUGUGCUCCGGUGAUGGGCAUGCUUGGGGCAGACCAUACUGGAGCACUAUCCAGCUGCAGGGAUGUCACAGAAUCACAGGAUGAUGGGCUUGGAAGGGACUUCUAGAGAUCA